AUGGAUGACAAGCUGCAGAGUGAUGAUGGAUUAAUCACGGUGUUUUUUCUUCCACCUAACGUGACGGCAAUUAUCCAGCCAAUGGAUCAGAAUGUGAUCCAAAACAACAAGCUGCGAUACAGGGAGAAGCUCCUACUGCAUGUGAUGACCCAUGACAAUGUCAAUACUGAUGGCAUGGUGCAUGAGGCCUGGAUCGAAUUAGGUGACGUUGUCAUUCAGCAGUCUAGGAAGAAGAUUGGCAUAGUGAUUGGCGAUAAAUUUGUGCACGAAGACAACAUUCCACUGGCGCAGCUGAUGUGUACAAGGAACAAUCGCGAUGAUAGCAUGAUUGCCCAUAAUGUGGAAGAACGAUAUGCGAGCAAGGCAUACACCGAUGCAGAAAUCCUAAACCUUGUUCUGGACGACCAAUCAGCGACGAAUGAAGAAGCAGAGCAUCCUGAGGAACCAGACCAGAGUGCAUCUCACAUCACUGAAAUGGAUGAAUCAUCGUAUGAAGGGACAACCAGCCAUGCAGAAGCGGUGGGAAUGUUCGAUAAAAUCAUCGAUUGGGCAGCCGAAUCAUCCCUUCCGAUUGAUGACAUCAUGUGUCUGCGUAUUCUUCAGGUAGCUAUGGUAAAAUCUCUGGAAAAUUGA